AAAAAAAAAAAAACGAUUGGUUUAUAAAUUGGGCGGGGGAGAGAGGUUGCUGUGACGUCUCUCUCUACCCAUCUCCUUAACCGAAACGGCAUGCAUUUCUUCCUUCUUUAACUUCCUUUCUCCAUUCCUUCACGACAACAAUGAAAUAAACUCAUCACAAAUUAUGUCAUUUUGAUGUUUGACCAAACAAACUUAGUUCUAUAAACAAAAUAAUUUAUUAUCUUUUUUGUGUGACAAAAACCCAAACCCAAAAACGGUUAAGAACAAAGGGAUAAAAGAGUCCUUUUCCUCUUUCCUCUCCAUAUUCUUCUCCUGAUUUUCCUCUUUUCAUUUUCUUCUCUUUUCUGGUAAUAUGAACAAGUUCUGAGCUGUGACCAUUAGACCAACAACAGUCUUUAUAUCUUCUUUUAGUUCUUUCUCUCUCUUUUUAUUUCCUUCUUCUGUUUUAAGUUCUAUUUCUUCAGAAAAAAAUCCGGCAUUCUCAUUCGAUUUUACCUCCACUUGUUGCCUCGGCUUGCUCUUCAGGUAUGCCUUUUGACCUUUUUAUCAUUCUCUCUGACUCCUGUAGGGUUAUCAAAUCGUAAAUUGAAUGCUACAUAGAAACUUUUAUUAACAGUUCUCUCAUCAUAUGAACUAGUAACCACCAUAAAGAUGAUGAUUAUGACGAUGAAGAUAGAUUUAGGACAUGAAAAGCCCUCUUCAUUGUCAUUCCUACAAUUAGUAAGAGCACCAAACUUUGAUAUAGAUAUUUGAGUAUACAACAAGUCAAAGCAAAUUUAGGAGAAGCCAAUUUUUUAUUAUUUUUCCCCACAUAAGAAUCUAGUGCUCUUGUAAAAGUGGUGAGGUUUGAGUACACGACUACCUCAUCUUUUGUAUCUGUAGCUAUUUAUGUUUUGAGUUGCUUGUUUUUGAAAAAUUAUGACGAAGGAAAUCUUUAACAAAUACCUAAUUUUGGAUUACAAGAAGACUUCUGAGUAUUUCUAACCUUCCAUCAAUCUAAUCUCUGAACUCACAUGAAGUUGACAUUCCUCGGUUCUCUUGAUAGGACCUUUCAUGUUUGAAUAUUUUUUCAUCUUCUCAUCAACUGCAUAAACGGUAGUUUUGUUGCAGGUCAGAGACCAAAAUAGGUGUAAAUCAAAGGUUGUUUUGUCAGAGAAACACUUACAUAUGAAUAGCAAAGGGAGUCAAAACGUUGCAACAACCUGCAAGCCUGUCACUACAUUUGUCCAAACUGACACCAACACUUUCAGAGAAAUUGUGCAGCGCUUGACAGGUCCAACAGAGAACAACGCUGCAGCAGCAACACCAGAAGCAACAGUGAUAAAAACCGCCAUACAAAAGAGGCCAACUUCAAAGCUCCAUGAGAGAAGGCAAUGUAUGAGGCCAAAGCUUGAAAUUGUCAAACCUCCUCUGAGCUUUAAGCCCACUGAAGGGGAACCAGAUAGUUGUACAACAAACAUCGAAGAAGAGGAGAAAGCCAUUAAAGAAAGACGCUUUUACUUGCAUCCAUCGCCAAGGUCUAAACCGGGGUAUACAGAACCAGAAUUGCUUACUUUGUUUCCUUUAACAUCUCCCAAUUCGAGUGGCAAACCAUAAACCCGACAGAUUAAUCAUAAGUUUGUUCUCUGCCUACUAUCCCAAAGAUUAUGUACAUGUAGAGUUUCACAACAAUAUCAUUGGAAGAGGAAGAUUGUUCUCUU